CUGCCAUGUUGAUUCAGGGCAAGAAUUCAUGACCGCCAUGUUAAGACAGGGGAAGUAUUACUUUAGCUGCCACUUUAUGCGUGGGAAUGUAUUUCUGCCCGCCAUGUUAAAAGGGAGGUGAGCGGCGGGGGAAAUUCCCUCUGAACUGGGAAUUAAGCAACAAGUCCCCGACCGGUCAAAUUUGAAGUGCUGUUCCGUGACAAAAAACAAGAACAACAACAACAACAAUAAUGUUGCGUUUCAUUUACCAGCGUCAACGAUGCCAAUGAGCGCCUUGUUCCCUAUUUAAAUACAGAAUUGUCACCCAAAAAUUUCAGGCCCCGCCUUCUUGCCGGAGCUGCGGAUGUCACGUGACUUGUAGGGUUCCCUGUCUGGAGAGGCCACGUGGGUGGCUUUGCGGCCUAGCAAGAAAAGAGUAUUGGGAUUCCCUCAUCUGCAAAAGAAGAAGUCCUAAGACGGGUCUGCAACUUGCGGCUCCGUAGCCGCAUGCGGCUCUUUCGUCCUUGUACUGUGGCUCUGCGUGGCUGAGCCAACGGCUUCAGAUCCGGAGGGGAGGGGGAUACCUGCGAGUCCCGCUGCAGCCUCAACAGGGAGAAAAACAACAAACCAGGAGCGCUUCUACUGCCACCUCCCUCACAUCGCCCCUGCAAAACAGCUCCGACCUCCGCCGAGGAGCCCACGGGCCACGGAGACAGAGAAGCUCUUCCUCGGGGCUACAUUACCUUUGUUCUGCGGCUGUUGCUCGCCCAUCUGCGGGUCCUCCCUAACUGCGGGUUAUUUUAAAUGUCAAAAAAUGGGAAUUUUGGAUCCAGUAUGGCUGAGAAGAAAACCACCAAAGGACAGUUCCUUCUGCUUUUCCUGAUCAUCGCAGUAGCCUUCACACAUUUAGCCAUUUGUCCUUUUACAAAAGUAGAGGAAAGCUUUAACCUGCAGGCCAUCCAUGACAUUGUGUAUCAUAAAUUGGACUUGGAGAAGUACGAUCAUCAUGAAUUUCCUGGAGUUGUCCCAAGAACAUUUCUUGGUCCAAUAUUUAUUGCCCUGCUUUCCAGCCCAGCCAUCUAUGUACUGUCUCUGUUUCAGAUGUCUAAGUUUUAUGCACAACUGAUAGUUCGAGGAAGCCUGGGGCUGUGUGUGAUUUAUGCCUUGUGGCGGUUGCACAAAGAAGUCAGGAAGCAGUUUGGUUCAACCGUGUCUGUGGUUUUCUGUCUAAUCACUGCGACUCAGUUUCACCUGAUGUUUUAUUGUACUCGGACCCUUCCAAACAUGUUUGCCCUUCCUGUUGUUCUACUGGCAGUUACAUCAUGGAUGCAGCAAAGGCAAUUCCAGUUUAUCUGGUUCUCAGCUUUGGCGAUUAUUGUCUUCAGAGCCGAACUCUGUAUCUUUCUGGGCCUGAUGCUUCUAGUGACCCUGUUCAAUAAACGACUCUCUAUUCUGAAAAUGUUUUCCUAUGCCAUUCCUGCUGGAGCUUUUUGGUUAGGAUUAACUCUGGUCACAGAUUCUGUGUUUUGGAGGCAGGUUCUAUGGCCUGAAGGAAAAGUGCUUUGGUAUAACACUGUUUUAAAUAAAAGUUCUAACUGGGGUGUCUCCCCUUUCAUGUGGUAUUUUUAUUCAGCCUUGCCACGAGGUCUGGGGUGUAGUAUUCUUUUCAUACCACUAGGUACAGUGGACAGAAGGACCCGAGUGUUGAUUCUACCAACAGUUGGCUUUAUUUUUUUGUAUUCAUUUCUGCCUCAUAAAGAACUUCGGUUUAUCAUAUACACUUUUCCAGUUUUCAACAUAGUGGCUGCCAAAGGCUGCUCCCGAAUACUAAACAAUUAUAAGAAAUCUUGGCUGUAUAAAUUGGGAUCUCUCUUUGUUGUAGUGCACCUGCUAGCAAAUGCUGCUUACUCUGGAGUGUCACUCUAUGUAUCUCAUUUCAAUUACCCUGGAGGAGUCGCAGUUCAAAAACUUCACCAGUUGGUGCCUCCAAGCACACAUGUUUCUGUUCACAUUGAUGCUGCCUCAGCACAAACUGGAGUCUCUCGAUUUUUGCAAGUCAAUUCUAAUUGGAAGUAUGACAAACGGGAAGACCUGAAACCAGGUGAUGAGUUAAUGCUUUCAUACACACACAUUCUUAUGGAGAUGGAUGCUGUCCAGGUGUCACAUUACAAGACGACCCACCGCAUCCUUGCACAGAUUUCUGGGACUACUGGGAUUACUUUGAAUUUCACCAUAUUACCUCCAUUUACUUUAAACUUGAAAUCUAAACUAGCAUUGUUGGAAAAACUUCCUAUUUCUUCAGGACCAUAAUAUUUUUUACAAGGCUUCACAUUUUAGAGAAAAAAAGGAGGCCGCAGCAAGACAAAACAAAGGCAAGGAAACAAAAGAAUGAAGUAAAUUCUUUAAUAAUUUUUACAACCCCUACAAGUUGCACAUGUAAUUUUGUCAGAAGGGAACCUUUCAGGUGCUUUGUAGUAAACAUCCCUAUGCAUGCAUUGUCUUGCUUUAAUAUAUGCAUUGGGAUGUUACCAAAAAGAAUCUGAUUCUCCUUGACAAAACUACACACAAAAUGCAUAGGGGUUGCAGAAAUUAUUAAAUAAUUUGUUUCCCUCUGCACCAUUUGUUUCUUUGCCUUCAGUUUAUAUUUUGGAGAGCAAUUGGUGCACCAGCUUAAAACCAGAAGACAAGAACUGUGGAAGACUGAAUCUUUCAGUAUUUUUCCCUUCUAUGAUCAGUUUGGUAUGCUCUGAAGUUGUGUGCAUACCAUUUUAUAUAAUCCAGCUGUAUAUAUUACCAUAUAAGUGAAUGCAGAAAUAUUCUAUAUAAUCUCUGUGAUGUGACACACUGUUUAAAUUGAUUUAAUAUACUUCUAAUAAAUUGUGUAGCCCUGUAAUGUAGUACUAUAUGCAUUUAUUAUAUUUGAUUAAUGGAUGUACUACUGUAUAUUGCCCUAUUAACCUAUGUGAAAUUUUAAUGUCAUUUGGUUAAUAUCUUAUCUAAAUUCAUGCUGAACUACUACAAAUAGCCACUCAAUGUUGAGAGCAAGAUUACUGCUUCCUGCUUUAUCCAUUGGAAAGACCAAAACACAUUACUCUCAAAGUGUGUGACUGAUGACCCAUUGAACAUUGGGGUAACUGUUUACAUUGCUGGGAUAUUUUGAACAUAGAUUAUUAGAUCCAGCCAACUUAUUUGCUAAAUCUUCUUCCAUUCCCCUUUUUAUUAAAGCUCUAGUCACAUAUAGUUUUUGUUCAUGCAGAUAUCACGGUGGCUUUCUCCUGUCAGCAACUGUGGAAAAGCUGGCUAGAGCCAGCCUGCACGCUAUUCAGAAGCAACACAUGCAUGUAUAUCUGGCGGGCAAGCGUGUUCCCAUUGUCUCACCAGUCCAUGCUAAUAAGAUGUUGUGGGGCCUUUAUUUUACACAUCAUAAAAUGGCAUUGAGAAAAGUUGCUUUUGAACAUGUUAACAAAAGAUAUGUCAAUCAAGAGAAAACACUAUAUCCUUUUGCCAAGAACUAUCUGUCUUUACUAAUGUUUACAUCUGUGUAAGGCACAGUUUUAAUUAUUCAUGUAGUAGAACAUACAACUUUUCAACUGAUUGUGAUUCAAUUAUCUGACCAGUUGCAUGAAUACAUAUUUUCCUAUGACUAUUUUCAUUACAUUUUGUAAAUUGUUAAAAUAAAACAGUAAAGAACUUUGAAAA